GAGACGGUGACCGAGCACCAGUCAGAAGCACCGCGCGGAACCAAACUGGGAAUCCACCCAUGUGGUGACGUCAGGGGGCUCUGACAAGCUGGUGGUGCCGGAAGAAAAGAUGGCGGAUCAUGAGGAGCAGCUAUCCGACGAGGAAAAGGUACGCAUAGCAGCUAACUUUGUCAUCCAUGCCCCGCCAGGAGAGUUCAACGAAGUUUUCAAUGAUGUGCGAUUGCUGCUCAACAAUGACAAUCUUCUCAGGGAAGGUGCUGCAAAUGCGUUUGCGCAGUACAACUUGGACCAGUUUACUCCGGUGAAAGUCGAGGGCUACGAAGAACAGGUCUUAAUCACAGAGCACGGCGACCUUGGGAAUGGCCGGGUCCUGGAUCCCAAGAACAAGAUCUCCUUCAAGUUCGACCACUUGAGGAAGGAGGCCAGCGACCCCCGGCCCCACGACGUCGACGGCUCCGUGGAGGGCUGGAGGAGCGCUGUGGACUCAGCCGUCAGGGCCUACGUCAAGGAGCACUAUCCCAAUGGAGUCUGCACCAUUUAUGGUAAAACCAUCGACGGACAUCAAACCAUCAUCGUGUGCAUCGAGUGCCAUCAGUUUCAACCAAAAAACUUCUGGAAUGGACGCUGGAGGUCAGAGUGGAAGUUUACCAUCUCCCCCUCCACCACUCAGGUGGCCGGAAUCAUGAAAAUCCAGGUUCAUUACUAUGAAGAUGGCAACGUUCAGCUGGUGAGCCACAAAGAGGUCCAGGAAUCCAUGUCGAUUUCUAAUGAGGCUUCAACUGCUAAGGAGUUUGUUAAGAUCAUGGGAGCUGCAGAGAACGACUAUCAGACGGCCAUCAACGAGAAUUACCAGACCAUGUCGGACACUACCUUCAAAGCCUUACGCCGCCAGCUUCCUGUGACACGCACCAAGAUCGAUUGGAACAAGAUCCUGAGCUACAAGAUUGGCAAGGAGAUGCAGAACGCUUAAAAGCAACGGAGAACAUAACAGACGACUCCCUCCCAACCCCUCCCAAACAACGUUGCAUGACUGGAUAGGUGUAUUGUCUUUGUACAGAAAUUAGAGAAAUGGGGACAAAGAAAGGUUUGGUCUCACAGCCAGAUGUCACGUUACACAUUGGAUGUCUGCUUAUGGCAAAGCUAUGUUGUUUUUAUACAGACACCGUUUACGCUUUGCCAUAUUGAACCUGAGAUGAAGAUAAUAUCUGGGAAAAUACAAUUUGAGGAAACAUUAGAAGACAUAGGAAAGGGAGCGGACACUUGUAUGCAAAAACAUCCGUAUAAAACGCAUAAUAACACGUGCAAUAUUUAUUGUGUCGGUGAGACCACGCCUUUUAUUUGACCUGCUGAAAAAAAAAAAAACGGUUUGAAUUUGCGAUGAUGGUGAAAUUAUUUUUGGGAGAAUUUUGUCCACAUUAACAAAAGAGCGCAGAUAUUUGGCUAAGAAAGAACGACUCCCUUCACGGUUAAUGUCCCAUAAGGUCAACGAGGAAAAAAAAAACAAAACUUUUUUUUUGUGUUAAUUGACUGGUAUCUUCGGCACAAGCAGUCACCACUGUCAGCCACUCAAUGUUCUUGUUCCCUCUUUUUGGUACUUCCCUCACCGUUUGUCCUGUAUGUGGGUCCUUAAGCUCACAGUGCUCCUGACUAAAUCGCCUUUUUUGUUUUGUUUUUUUGACUUGAACUUUUUUUUUUUGACUUGAACUCUCACUCAGCGCAGGGAGUUCUGUGACCACUUAACAAGCUUAAUUAACAAGUCAUCAGUCGCUAAGUAAUGUGCAUAAUGUCCAAUUUACGAAUAAAUCAAAACGUAUCACUUUCUCCUCCAGUGCUUAUUUUUAUUAAAAAACAGAACCUGACUGUAUUAUAUAACAAGGCACAUUGUAAUAUAUACCUGUAUGAAACAUCCUGUCUGUUAGUUUGGUGAUUUAUUUCCAUGAGAUUAAUUGUAAUUCAGUCACAAUUAUGUUGCAUUAAAUGACAAAUUUUCUA